GGGAGCCACGGCCGCCUCUCCCGGCCCCGUUGUGUCAGCCCCAGCGGCCCCUCCUCUCCGCUCCUCCUCCUCCCCGCUCCCUGAAGGUGUGUCUCGGGCUCUGCGGCUGCCUGUCCCACUCCCCGCCGAGACGCCCGCCGGAGAGGUCACCCACCCACACCUCCAGGGAGCCCGACCCAGACCAGCCAGGUGACCCGCGAUGGAAGCCGCAGACGCCGCCAGGAGCAACGGGGCCAGCCCGGAAGCCAGGGAUGCCCGCAGCCCGCUGGGCCCUAACGGCAGCCUGGAGAACGUGACCAAGGCCGAAGGCAAAGAGGCCAAGACCACCAACGGGCACGCGGGGGAGGCGGCCGAGAGCAAGAGCCUGGGCGGCGCCCUGAAGCCGGGCGAGGGAAAGAGCUCCCUGUUCUCCGGGAACGAGUGGCGGCGGCCCAUCAUCCAGUUUGUCGAGUCCGUGGAUGACAAGACCUCCAGCUACUUCAGCAUGGACUCUGCGGACAGCAAGAGGUCCCCCUACGCCGGGCUCCAGCUGGGGGCCAAGAAACCGCCUGUCACCUUCGCCGAGAAGGGGGAGCCGCGCAGGUCCAUCUUCUCGGAGCCCCGCAAGCCCACCGUGUCCAUCAUGGAGCCCGGGGAGGUCCGGCGGAACAGCUACCCUCGGGCCGACUCGGGCAUCCUCCUGCGCUCCAAGUCGGGCUCCGAGGAGGUCCUGUGCGACUCGUGCAUCGGCAACAAGCAGAAGGCCGUCAAGUCCUGCCUGGUGUGCCAGGCCUCCUUCUGCGAGCUGCACCUCAAGCCCCACCUGGAGGGCGCCGCCUUCCGCGACCACCAGCUGCUCGAGCCCAUCCGGGACUUCGAGGCCCGCAAGUGCCCCCUGCACGGCAAGACCAUGGAGCUCUUCUGCCAGACGGACCAGACCUGCAUCUGCUACCUCUGCAUGUUCCAGGAGCACAAGAAUCACAGCACUGUGACUGUGGAAGAGGCCAAGGCUGAGAAGGAGACGGAGCUGUCACUGCAAAAGGAGCAGCUGCAGCUCAAGAUCAUUGAGAUCGAGGAUGAAGCUGAGAAGUGGCAGAAGGAGAAGGACCGCAUCAAGAGCUUCACCACCAAUGAGAAGGCCGUCCUGGAGCAGAAUUUCCGAGACCUGGUGCGGGAUCUGGAGAAGCAAAAGGAGGAAGUGAGGGCUGCACUGGAGCAACGGGAGCAGGAUGCCGUGGACCAAAUAAAGGUGAUCGUGGAUGCUCUGGAUGAGAGGGCCAAGGUGCUGCAGGAGGACAAGCAGACCAGGGAGCAGCUGCAUAGCAUCAGCGACUCGGUGCUGUUUCUGCAGGAAUUUGGUGCCUUGAUGAGCAGUUACUCCCUCCCCCCGCCCCUGCCCACCUAUCACGUGCUGCUGGAGGGGGAGGGCCUGGGGCAGUCACUGGGCAACUUCAAGGACGACCUGCUCAAUGUGUGCAUGCGUCACGUUGAGAAGAUGUGUAAGGCGGACCUCAGCCGUAACUUCAUUGAGAGGAACCACAUGGAGAAUGGGGGUGACCAUCGCUACCUGAACAACUAUGGUAACAGCUAUAAUAGCGAGUGGAGCGCUCCAGACGCCAUGAAGAGAUACUCCAUGUACCUCACGCCCAAGGGUGGGGCCAGGACAUCGUACCAGCCGGCAUCCCCCAGCCGCCUCUCCAAGGAGAAGAACUUCAACAAUCUCUAUGGCACCAAAGGUAACUACACCUCCCGGGUCUGGGAAUACUCUUCCACCAUUCAGAGCUCCGACGACCUGCCUGCUGUGCAAGGCAGCUCCUCCUUCUCGCUGAAAGCAGGCACUGGGAAAGUCCCCUAUCAGUUCGCUACCUUGGGACAGGCCAGCACAGAGUUUUCCAAACCCCUGGAUGGCAGUGGGCUGUUUAAAAAUAAUCCUGGUUAUCCUUCGCUUAUCAGGAGCCAGAGCCCCAAAGCCCAGCCCCAGACUUGGAAAUCUGGCAAGCAGACUUUGCUGUCUCACUACCGGCCAUUCUACGUCAACAAAGGCAACGGGAUUGGGUCCAACGAGGCCCCAUGAGUUCCAGACAGGCAGGAACGAGGCACCGCCUCCCCUGCCCUCCCCAGCCAGCCCUGCUGCUCUUGCGACUCUUCUCAUCUGGGUGGGCAGGAGCCCGGCCCUGUGCCUGCCCUCCUCCAGCCUUCGGCCCCCUCUCUCAGGGCCACCUGCCUGCCCCCCCACCAGCCACCUGUCAGCCACGCUCCAUCCAGGUCCCCUUCCUGCUUUGUGACUAAGGGUCACCAGCUUUCCUGUGCUCAGAGGCUAACCCUCACGGGGGUGGGCGAUAGGUGGGCUUUUCUCCCCUAACCCACCAGUCCCACCUUUGGGGCGUGAUCGUUGGGGCCAGUGGUGGGUACCCACGUGGUACCAGUCUGCCUUCCUCGCCCAGGCCCCUGCUGACUUCAGGCCUGUUGGCCAUUUCUCCCCAAGGCCCUUCACCCCAAGAGGCAGUGAGUGUGCGCCCAUCUCCCAGCCACGCGGGCCCACUCUUCCCAGCAGCCUGGCCCCUAGGAGAAGACUUGUGCUCUGCCCUGGUCCUACCUACCAAGGCCAGCCUGGCAGGACCUGCAGCCCUUGGCCACCACCGAGGGGAGCCUCUCAGCGUCUUGGCAUCCUCCUGCCUGGCCUCGGAUCACCCCACACCCUCUGUGGGUCUGCGGUCCCUGAGGACCGGCUCUCCUGGCUGGCAGGAUGAUCUUUGCCAAGAUACGUCUUUCUUCUACCUGCUGAGAUAAGCAAUUCCCUUGACACAAUCUACUCCACCCCAAGAAAGUAGCCCAGCGGCCCCGAGGAAAACGUCGUUUAUCUAUAGAAUUUCAUUGGUUUUGUAACUAAUUUCACUGGUUUCUCCCUGGCCACGGGAAGUGAGCAGGCCGGCUGUUUACAAGGAUGCUAUUUACAAGGGCGCCUUCCCCCUGGCCCGCGCCCUCUCCCCUGCCCAUUGGGGUCUUCCUCUUCCUUCUAUCUGCCCUCCUCGCUGCAUGGUGUCAGGGGCCCAGGGCCUGCAGAGACCCCAAACCGGGAGCAGCAAGGAGGGGUCCUCUCUCCUCCGGCCGCCCCACCCCGGGCCCGAGGGGGCUCCCAGGAGGGGGCUGCUAGCAGGGGUGGGAGAGGGACGGAGACAUUCAGCUUGGGCUUCCCCUCCAGAAUAAACCAUUGAUCACUCA